AAGCGUUAAUGCUGAAGCUAUUUUAAAGCCUCAGUUUGACUGUUUAUUCUCGCUUGGAGGAAAAAGUCAUUGCUAUCGUAUAAAUGCGGUACUGCACCUUUAAACGUACACCGGUUCCAACAAGUAGUCUGGGCGCUCUCCAAACGUGAGCUUUUCUCCUCGCUGCGCAAGGUGCCGCGGUUUGUAAUUUUUCCGUUCAUGUAAUUGCGCUCCAACUGUCAUUCUAGCCUAUUUCCAAUAGAGGUUCGCGGAGCUAGUGCGUCCUUCUUCCGAAGACACUACACCGAACGGAUAGGCAAUACUAACGACAGCGCUAACCUUAUCGGCACUGAAUCAACACUGCUGAGUCGAUUGGUGGGGAGGUAAACAGUGCGUACGGCUCUCGGCGGACAAGGCACGAGGAAAAGUGCCAACAGCUCCAAUAUUGUAGUGGCACUGAUACACAGCCAUGGCGCUUAAGUACACGUGAAAAGUGAUUUUUACCUUAAAUUACGACUUGAUUUGAACUUUGCGCGGUAGAUUUAUCAUAUUUAGUUGAAAAAGUCAAUAUCACUGUCCACCAGUUUGCUUUGCUGAAGCUAGAUUACCUUAGCGCAAAACCCGCACGAACUAUGUCCAGGAAGAAGACUGCCAAAGGCAAAAGCAGCGCCAGUGGCCCCGCGAAAGGCAAAGACCAAGGGAAAAGCGGAAAAGGUGCCGCCGGAGCCGAGCCUCUCUCCAACGGGGUCGUCCACCCCAGUCGACCUUCGCUUAGCAACAGUGGCGAGUUUUACGACCUCGCUUUUAAGGUGAUGCUGGUGGGAGACUCAGGAGUGGGGAAGACCUGCCUGCUCGUGCGCUUCAAGGACGGGGCCUUCCUGGCUGGCAGCUUCAUCUCUACUGUGGGCAUCGACUUCAGAAAUAAGGUGUUGAACAUCGAUGGGGUGAAGGUUAAACUUCAGAUCUGGGACACGGCCGGACAGGAGCGAUUCCGUAGCGUCACACACGCUUACUACCGCGAUGCACACGCUCUGCUCCUGCUCUACGAUGUGACCAAUAAAACGUCAUUCGACAACAUCCAGGCCUGGCUGACGGAGAUCCAUGAGUACGCCCAGCAGGACGUGGUGCUGAUGCUCCUGGGGAACAAGGCUGAUUCCGCACAUGAGAGAGUAGUGAAGAGAGAGGAGGGGGAGAAGCUUGCCAAGGAGUUUGGGGUGCCCUUCAUGGAGACCAGUGCAAAGUCUGGGCUCAAUGUGGACCUGGCUUUCACCGCUGUGGCCAAAGAGCUGAAGCACAGGUCCAUGAAGGAGCCAAGUGAGUCAAAGUUUCAGCUUCACGAGUACGUCAACAAGGAAAUGACAAAGACCACCAGCUGCUGUGGAUCCUAAACCACCAGCCAUGCGUGUGUGUGCAUGUACAUGGAUAAGUGUAUCUGUGUGUGUGUGUGUGUGUGUGUGUGUGUG